UGAAAUAAUUUUAGAUCGUAAAAAUGGAAGAUACAAAUGACACAAAAGUUAUGGUAUUCCAAAAUAUGAGGUUUCCUCAGAAAUUAUGGCAAUUACUUAAAUUAGGUUCUAAUGCAAUAAUGUGGGGUGGAAGUGGGCAAUCUAUUCUUUUAAAUUAUAAAAUACUUCACCUUUAUUUACAAACUCAUCACUCAAUUUUUAAAACUUCAAAUAUAUCAAGUUUUAUUCGACAACUCAAUUUGUAUGGAUUUCGAAAAGUUACAUCACAUUUACAAGAUCCUUUAUGCAAUUCAAGCAACCCAUUUAUGCACGAAUAUAUGCAUGAUUAUUUUCAAUGCGGACGCCCUGAGCUACUUAAAAAAAUAUCUAGAAAACCAUUGAACUUUAAAACAACCUCAAAAUUUAAGAAGUGCAAUAUGCAAGGUCAAACAUCACUCACCCCAUUGCAAAAAGCCCGCCAUUCUCUGAGAGUUGCUUUGAACAAAGCAGUUGAGAACUAUUAUCUUCAUAACUAUGAAGAUAACAAAUGUAAAAUAGAGUUUGAAGAUGCUCAGGAAGUAGUAAGUGAUAAUGGUGAAGUUGACAUCAAUAUGUUUAUGCCAAAGGAAAAUGAAGUAAACCCUAAAACAGAUUCAAUGAAGAUCAAAUUAGAAAAUGAAUACUCCUGGUUUAAUAAUUCAAGUUUCUCUCAUAGGGAUUGCCAACAGAACCCUAAUGAAGGAGUUCAAAUGCAAUUGGUAGAAGCAAAUAGCUGUUAUGAUACAGCCAAAAUGGAAUUGCUUGCAGAAUUUAAUGUAAACAAAAAUACUAGUUUACUAAACUGCAUAUUACCAUCUUUGGGAAAUGACAAUAUUGAUGACAAUGCGGUAAAUGAGAAUACUGAAAAUUACUUUCAUGGUGAAUGGGAACAAAUGCUUAAUGACAUCAAUGCCAACAAACAUUCCUUCUAUUCACAAAUCUCAAUGGCAAAUGAUAUUUUGAAUCCUGAAAACUUUUAUUAAUAUAAUACGGUCUAAUACAUCGUUUUCAUCAUUACAGAUUGAGCAUGACACUAAAUGUGUUACUUUUUUUUCUUAAAUAAGUUAUGUUCUCUAA